CUGUUCACGCGUUGCUGCGAAAAGUGUGUAAAGUUAUUUGCUCCGGUUUUGAGUUGAUAUUUCGUAAUAAAGUUAUAGAUAUUUCGGUGGAGGAAAAUGCAGUUUUCCUCGCUUUUACCGUACCUGCUGCUAGUUCUGCAGGUUUCGGUGACGGUAGCGACAAAACUCAAUUAUCCACGCGUUUUGCUGCCCGUGUUUGAUCACAUUUCAGUAAACUUCACUCUGGAGGUCGUCGAGAAGGGAUGCUUCAAAUGGACUUCCUCCCGCUUGGAUCUAAUACAAAUCGCUCCUGCCUACGAUGAAACGGUGGAUGACUGUUCCUAUCGAGUGGUUGUUACAGUUAUCAAUAAGGAAAAACGUCGUAAUACUGCUAUCGUCUUAGCGGAGGAUGUUGCGACGGGAGAUGUGCUUAGAUGCGAUGUGAUUUUGGACGUCAUCGAUCAGCUGGGUGUGCUUACGACGACACGGGAGUUGUACCUGGAGGAAGCACCGGAAACGUUCGAGCUGUGGGCUCAGGAUGCCCAAGGAAAUGCAUUUACCACACUUGAAGGAAUUGAAUUUAACUGGCAGUUGGCCUCUCAUCGAGCGGUGGAUUCACGACAUGUUGAGUCCGAUAGCGGGUGGAGUCAAGUGCUGCGGUUUUUGUCGUUUUCUGAUAGUAAGUUCCACGUUGUUCCGAGAGCGGUGGAAAAACUGGAACAGGCUGGUGUUCAGGGCUAUAUGGUGCUGCUUGAAGGUAUCAACACGGGCUCUGCCCGAGUGACGGCUAAGUUACCCCACGCAGAGUACAGUCAUGUUGCACCGGUGGAGGUUAAUAUCAUGGUGCUCGCUAAUUUGAUUUUGGAUCCCAGCGAUGUGUAUAUCAUGACGGGCGAUACCGUGAAUUUCAAAGUACUACAAUUAAAACAAGGAAAACUACACGAGAUUGCGCUGAAUAAUCAGUACUACUUGGAAAUGGAAGAUCAAGCCCUAGCUAGUAUUAGUGGUAAUGAAGCGAAAGGCCUGAAACUGGGGCGAACUUUUGUGCUGCUACGGGAUAGAAACGUUCCGCAUGACCUGGCCGGAGAUGAUCAAUCGGCUAAGGCGUUGCUGCCGAAGGCUUCUAUUACGGUUGCAGAACCGAAACGUUUGGCAAUCAAUUUGUUGCCGCAUUACAACUGGAUAACAGUUGAAGGCGAAAACCAUGAUAUAGCGUUGGACCUAUUUACGGCGGAUGAUCACCCGAUUACACUCGGUCCCCGCUAUCAGAUUAAAUCUAACUUUGAUGAGAAGCUGUUCUUUCCAAUUCGCCGUACUGCCAACGGAAGUCGCAUUUCUGGGGAAACGCUGAAACCCGGCAGUAGUCCCGUUAGCGGGCUGUUCGAUAAGCUGACCGCAAAAGCAGAAUUGGUUGUCUAUGGAAGGCUUGCCAUCGAUCCACCGGAGGUAAUCAUCCCAUACGAUCCGACACUGCGACGCCAGAAAAUCCAAUUCGCGGCUACCGGAGGUGAUGGUGUUUAUCUGUGGUCUAGUUUGGAUGGUUCACUGAUAACAGUCUCGCAAACUGGACUGGCGGAAACUCGGCUAGACAGCGUGAAAGGAGGGAUUGUUUCUGGUACCAACGUCCCUUCCAAGGUAACCCAGGUGCGGGUGGCACUGGCACGGAACAACAAACUUUCCGUUGCUGCCCAGGUGGUCUUUUUACCACCUACGAAGCUAACAGUAGCCCGAUAUAACUUUGAAACCGUAGUCAGAGAUUAUGUCCAGGUUCAUGUAGCACUGUGGGCUGAUCAUGAUGGAGUUCAGAAGCCAUUCACCAUAUGUGACAGUUUGAAUUUUGAGCUGGAGUUCAGCAGUCAAAUCUUUGUCUUAGAUGCGACCAAGAAAAACCCCAAGGAUAUCUUGGCUGAUCAAGCUUGUCGAUUACUUUAUCUGAAGGCCACGGCAGUGGGACAAACAAAUCUGAAGGUUACCUAUCGGUAUUUCGAUAAGGUGUUGAGCGACCAAAUCAGCCUAAAUGUGUUUGAAGAUUUGGCAAUUUUGAACCCGAUUGAGAAUGAGAUUGUUUUGCCUAUCGGAGCCUCGAGAAAUAUGUUCUAUCAUAGCGGGCCGGAAAGAAUUUACAAUUCGGAAGCCGAACUGCAGAAACGGGUUGAAGUGGACCGAAAAGGUGUCGACGUCGACUUCGUUGGUAGUGGAUUUUCGCAGGAUAAGCAUAUCCUGAGAGUGUUGUGCAAAAAAGUCGGUGAUUAUGAGCUGAAGCUAGAGGUGUUCAACACGCUGAAUUCGCCUAAUGUUGUUCCGUAUGUGACGGACUUCGUAACCAAAGUAUAUUGUGUGAAACCACGCUUUGUAAAUUUAUUCACAACGGAUAAGGUAAAAACGAGCUGCCCGCUGGAGCGACGAAACUCUAUGAUGCACGUAAAGUCGGAUAACGAUCAACUGUUGGUGGACAUUGAAGUUCUAGACGUGAACAAUAGAAAGCUGGCUAAUAUUUCAUCCCUUCUGCUAGAGUGGCAAUUUACCAUGGCGGAGAACGAACAAAUCACUGAUCAAAUCGUAAAUCAACAGAAAACAGAGACCGAUCUAUUCGAAGGGUUAGAAAUUCCCAAAAGAGAUUAUCUGUUAACCACUCUACCGGAAGUGGAAGCCAACUUCAAGAUUAAGGCUACUGUGACGCAGUAUCGCGCUGAGGUUCUUAAGCAGUUCUCCAUUAAACCGGAAACGCCUCACUUUGGUGUGCAGAAAUCUGCUGAUGGUCCCCUUACCAAGCCGGUCAUCGAAAACGAACUCAACUUCUUGUCGGUCAACAAGACACUGCUCCCGUACGAGCACAUUACACUCUUUCUGUCGCGCAGUAAUGUAGAGCGCAUAAAAAUUGCACACGGAAGUGGUUUCUACGACAUCAAGACGUCCGAUUCGGGCGUGGUGGCUGUAGAGUAUGACGACGCCACCCGUCAGUUGGCUAUCACACCGAAGCGGAUAGGCGAAGUGAAGCUGGAGAUUCUGGAUCAAUGUCUGAGUGCAGAGUCUAGCUUUUUGUACAUUUCGGUUGUUACAAUCGGUAGUAUCAUUCUACAGGCUCCGGAUCGGGUUGAGAAAACCAAGACAAUCGAAGCAAUUGCACGGAUUUACGACAGCAACGAUCGGUUGUUGGACUUACGCCGGGACAGUUUGGACAUCUACGAACUUAGCCACGUCGUUUACAACCCAAAUGUGCUUAGUGUGGCGCUCGGUAGUCAGAGCGGAUUGGGAAGCGGUGAAGUGAGAUUCAUGGUUACUGGAACGGAGUUGGGAGAGACGAAGAUAGCUGUCAGCUCUGGAUCCGGAGAAAGACAGAUAGAGAGUUCACCGGUUCCUGUACAGGUCUUCCCCCCGUUGACGCUGUACCCACGCAACGCCACCAUCAUCGUCGGCAGUACGCUGCAGGUGUACUCCAAGGGUGGUCCCAGCCCCGACAGCAAUGUGCUUUACACCGUCCAGCAUCAGGACAUCAUUUCCAUCGAGUCCGGUCUAGUGGCUGGGUUGAAGGUAGGCCACUCGAAAGUUGUCGGUCGAUGCGUCGCUGUCAACCCAUCCACCGGGGCACAAAUUGUGCUUUCCGAGGACGUUGUCCACAUACACGUUAUCCCGCUGAACGCGAUCGAAAUCAAAGCACCGCUUAAUCGAAUUCGUACCGGCGCUGUUAUGCCGGCUCAUGUUUGGGGUGUCCCGGAAAUUUCGCCGCUGGUACUGGGGACGCUGGAUGCGGUGAAAAUCUACUGGAGUACCGAUCACGAAGACGUUUUGGAUGUGAAAGGUGUAUUUCACGAAACAGGAGUUGAUUAUCGGGAGAAGGAUGCGAUUGGAGUUCGUGUGCGAGCGCUAGCUCCGGGAAAAGCUGUACUGCACGUUACUCUGGUUACGGCUAAAGGGGUGAAAUUGACCGCACGAACGGAGGUUACAGUAUUUCGGUUGCUGGAGCUGGAAUCACCGAAGAUAAUUCGCUACGACUCGAUUCUUAUUCCACCACGCAGCAGCAUUCAACUUAAAACGAACCUAGACGAUGCAGUUUAUCAAUUGGAAGAAGGUAGUAGCUCUGUCGCGAAGGUAUCCAAAGAAGGUUUAGUUCGUAGUGGAGACACUGUUGGUCGAAUACAAGUUGUGGCAUCUUCGGUGGAUCAAUCGUUAACUAUUCCGAUUGAAGUAAAAAACAUUCAUUACAUUUUGACUUCGCUUGCGUACGAAAAUGUAAAGCUGAAGCAAUCGGACAGUGUCAUUCCGCAAGGGAUAAGCUUGAAGCUGAAGGUUUCUCUGCACGACAAUUUGGGUAUUGAGUUCUCUCAUGGUUUCGAAGACGUUACUGCACUAAAGCAUAAGCUAUCGAAAAAGGGCAAUGUGUUGAUCAGUACCGGAACGAACUAUACGGUCACGUUGGGGUUGAUUCGGGAAACCUCGGAUAUGCUGUUGAUAUCGUUGAAGGAUAAAACCGGUGUCAAGUUUGGCGAAGAUUACUUGAAGUUGGUGGUCGGUGAAACGGCUGCGUUUUUCCCUGAGAAAACAGAUUUUUCCGUCGGGGAUAUUGUAUGCUUUGAAUCGCCUUUGCUUGGAUCAGUCGCCGAUUGGUACAGCUCUGAUGAAGGUUCAGUCCGGAUUGAUUCCACCAGUGGAAUAGCUCGGGUAAUUUCGGCCCGUCGAGGAACAGGCGGAGAUGAUAAGGUUCACAUUAGUCACAUUGAUCGACAGUCGGGAGGAUUGCGUAUGACAGUGAAUGUGCUUGAGGCAGAUCGGAUCGAAUUCUUCAAAUCCUAUGACAUCUUUAAUGGACAACAAUAUCGGGCCCAUUUGGUGAUCAAGAAUCAUGUACAGGUUGACAAGUUUGUGAAUGUUAUUGCCCAGAAUGUGUCGAUAUGUGGUGAACGAAUGGAUCGCUCGUUUUCUGGCCUGUUCGGGUGUAAGCUGACCGCGAAGCAGAAUCCAUCCUCAGGCAUUUUGAAACACUUCAAAACUGUGCCUGGUUUUGAUCCAGCCAUUGGUGCAUACACUUGUGAAAUUGAACUUGUAACCAGCAUCGAAGAGGUUACCGACUUGGUAAAAUCAAAUGAACUGAACAUUGAACUGGAAGCUCGUCUGCAGGGUAGCGGAUUGACGGACACAACUACUCUGAAAAUAGUGCCGGCUGUUAUUGUCGAGCCAGAAGCCAUCUCGAUCGAACAAGUUGGCUCGCAAACGGUAACCGUGAGUGGUAUCGAAAAAGUUCUACAGAAGCUGGAGGUUGCCUCGUCGAAUCCAUCAAUGCUAGAGGUCAGCAUGGUACAGAAGGGACCCGGCUCGAUUCAGUACAAGCUUCGACUGUUGAGUUCCUACUCGCUGGAGUCCGGUGAAGAUCUGUUCGUGAGUGUCAACUCACCGCUUACACUGCAGAAAAUUAAGAUUCCUAUCCAAUCUCCGCUGGUGAUGCGGAAAUGCGCUAGUCAGCCGUUGUACAACGUGCCCAAUCUGUUCCUGAGUUAUGUCAGCAAUUUUGGAUUGCUGAUUUCCGCCCUGAUCGUGCUGGCCGCCACGGUGUGGGUGUUCGUGUUCUGUUUCCCUCAGCGGCAGAAGCUGGUCGAUCCAAAUGCGACUCUUCUGUUCUCACCAUACGUGAAUGAGAACAACCAGUCAGCGUACAGCAGUAUGGCCAAUCAAAAUCCAUUCGCUAGUCCAUUGAACAAACGUGGUGCCAACAUGCAAUCUCCCUAUGUGGGUCCAGGUAAUCUAAGUCAUAAUACAACCCCGCUAUCGUCCUCGGAUUUUCCCAGCAGCGCAAGUGGUAGUUCGCCGGGGACACCAGUUUACGGCGACAGCACUCUGAUGUCGCCCCAGAAGCGGAUUCAUCGAAGGCAGCUUUAAGAUGUAUAAGUUAGAUCGUAAUUUCACUCGUUUCAACCAACAACAACAACUAGUCUGUAGAUUUUGGACGAUUGCAGAUGCGUAGAUAAUUGCGACUUCAUGGUGAUGCUUUAGCAUCGUUAUGACAACAUUUCUUAUACUAACUAUUAUUAAUAAUAUGACCAGAAGAUGUUUCGAGAGUGUGAGUGCUGUAAUUUUGUACCUUUAAGAUCAGAGAUUAACUGUUAGACAUUUUGCUUUCCCUCCAGACAGACAAGAAAACUUUGUAUUUUUUUCUAUUAUUUCUAAGAAGUCACUAGAAAGAUGAAAGGCAAUCAAAAACCAACCAGCUCGACAGCAUUUACACAAGCGGCAGUGUGGCAUUAGUUUUUGUUUGGCUUCCGUCGGGCGGAGCAGAAGAAAAAAUAUCAAAAUGAAUCGAAUUGCAGAUCCUUUGCGCUUCCCGUUCGCUUGCUCAGUACAGCAUGAAACAAACAAGGGACGCCUCAUUUCCCAUUCAAAUUAUUUUCAUUUCAUUUCGCUUUGCUCUUUGUUUGCCACGAUUUAUAGCAGAGAGCCUCGGUGGAAAAUAAUGUGGCCAGGUCUGCAACGGCGGAAUGGCGACGCUGGGAAGCCACUCCCCGGCGUAUGUGAAUUAUACUCUUUACUUAAUUCAUAUUUUUUUCGCUUUUUCGAAGGCAACAUCCGCUUUUGGGAUAAUCUGGCGGAAAGGUUUCAAGAAAAAGCUAUCGCGCUUUCUGCUGCUUUGGGCGAAAGCAUUCGAAUGUUAUACCGCGCGAUAUAGACGUAAAAUAAACCAUUUUUGACUCGUAGGGUUUUUUGUUAGGUUGUAAUGAUUUCGAUUAUAGAUGAGCUAUUAAAUGUUACAUGAGUGGUACUUAAGUUUAUUAAAGAACAUAUCUCAAUACUAGUGAAGGGUUGAGUUCAUUUAAAAUUCAUCAAUAUAUUAUGACUUAAUCUUUUGAACGUGAAUGACAAAGAAUGAUUGUAGUGAAGAAGAAAAAAAAAACAUUUUACUCACUUUCGUACUGUAACAGGUGUGUUCUUAUUAAUUCUAAGUUAGAGAAAAGAAAAACUGUCUGGUAAGAAAUUGUUUGUUAAAAAGAAAAUAAAG